AUGCUUGCCCUCCGCCUCGUUCGGGUCUCUCGUGCCUCCGGUCUGUCACGGCCAUCUCUCAACGUUCUUUAUAAACAAAUUCCAACGGUGCAAUGUCAGCAUCGAUGCUACGCGAAGAAACGCGAGCAGGAGCAAGAUAACUUUCAUCAUCUCAAAGCGAAAAAGGGCAAGCAUAAGCCAGACGAGAUUGUCGUUGACAAGAACAAUAUCACCGACCCAUCUUUGAAAUUUGUUCCUGGGUCGUCAAUGCCUCAUGGCGCAGAGUACGACAAGGAAGAGAAGCACGCGGACCAGAAAAUGAACGCGAGCAUUCGGUGGCUCAAAGAACAAGCCAAGAACGUCGAAGUCAGAUGUAGUGGACGCGUCGUUCCGGAUGUACUCGACGGGGUCAAAGUCUCGGUGCCUGUCGAUCCUGAAAACAAGAGCGAGGGACACAUGGAGGUGGGGUUGAAGGACAUUGCGACUGUCGGAGUAAAGAAUGGAAACGUGCUCGUAGUGACCGUCUUUGAAGAACAUACCAUCAAAGCUGUGGAAAAGGCGCUCUACGAUGCUCAACUCCCUGGUCUAACACCACAACGAACAGAUGCAAGGACAAUCCUAUUACCCGUGCCGCAACCGACGGUCGAAUCGAAGAAUGCGCUGCUGCAAGCCUUGCAGAAGCAAGCAGAAGAGGCCAAAGUCGCGAUUCGCAAGGUACAUCAGGCGAGUCAGAAGAAGGUCAAAGCCCUCGGAUUCGACCACAAGAGCGAUGCAAUGACAGAUCUGACCGCCCUGGUCAACAAACGCAUCGCAGAGGUAGACGAUGCGGUAAAACACACCAAGAAAGCUAUAGCCUAA